AUGCUUCAGUGUAUAACAGGUUAUAAUACAGAAAAACUUCUCAAAUUCUUAAGAAGUGAAGAACAAUUGUGUCUCAUACAAGAAGAUUUUGACAUAUUAAAAAAUGAAAGAAUCUGCGGUAGUGAUUUUCUCGAGCUUACAAUAGAAGAAUUUCAACAAUUUAAAGCGAAAUUAGAACAAUUUAGAAAUCAAUUAGAAUAUGACUAUACAGAUUAUAGCAACAGCGUUAAAAAGAUAGGAAUGAGAGCAAAUAAGAGGAGAGUAAGUAGAGUAAAGGAGGCUGACAUACUUCAGAAAUGUCUGGACUUCCUGAAGCAAGUGGAUUCAGAAGACGUUAAAAAACGUAUUGACAUGCUAUUGCAAGGAUUUGAUAAGCAUCGAUUAUAUCAGGAUGUCAAUAAUUUUUGGAACAAAAUCAAGUUGAUGUGUUACAAAAAUGAACAGAAACGUCUAGAAUUAGAAAGGGCUAUGCGGACAUUACAAUGUCACAUUAAUAUAAGAGAUAAGACACAAAAUAUGAUGAAGAACAUGGCCAAGAAAAUAGUCAAAGAAGCUGAGAAUGCUCGCAAGAGAUCACGUUCUGAGUUCACAAAAUACAAACAAAAUGAUGAAAGGUUAUCAGUAUUAUCGUUACUGCUGAGUAAGAUCCAAACUACCUGCGGAACUGAAGUGAAGCGAACUGAUAAUGAUUCAACAUUCAGAAACUCUGAUUUUGCGUUAGCCCAAAUAGCUAAAGUUCAAAAACCAAGAAAAUACAUUAAUCGGGAUAUAGCAGAUAAUGUUUUAAAAAAUUAUCAGACGAGUAUCCUGCUGGGUGAAAAACUUAUAUUUAAUGGUGUAAAUAUAUUGGAUUCUACGUUAUCAGAUAUAAAGAAAAUGAAGAAAACUGAAGUGGAAAAGAGCCUACUUAACAUUCGUAAUAGUGAGGCUGUCAAUUUUGCUGAUGGGAAAAAAAUUGAUAAAUUCAUUGUGGAUUGUGAUGAACAAGUUCUGAAUUAUUUGGAUAAAUUUUACGAAGUGGAUGAUCUAGAGACUUUAGAAAGGUGUUUGACUGAAAAUCAUAUAGAUAUUUCCAUCACGUCAAAUGAUCUUAUAUAUGUACAAAACCUAUUUUAUCACUUUUUCUUUCUGUUUAAGAAUGACUUUUUAACUCAAAAUAUGUCAGAAUAUGAGUUUAACUCUUAUAUUUGGAUGCCAUUAUUGAGGAAUGCAUUUCUUGAGAAAAGUGAUCUUAAGUUAAACUAUGGGGAAUUGGAAGACGGCGUUCUAGAUACAAGAGGCAAAAGAAAAGGCAAUCUACAAAAAUUAGAAUAUUAUUUGAAGGUUAUAUUAACAGCUCUUUUUAUCACGUUACCUUCUUCUACUAAAGCCAAUAUUACAAACAUUGAAACAUAUAGCAUUCAAUCAAAUGGGUUUCGUUUGACAAUCUCAGUUUUAAAGUAUCUGUUUGAAGAUAUUAUUAUAACAAUAGACCUGCAAGAUGUGGAGGUUCCAAGGACUAUUGAAGGAUUUUCAAAUCUGAUAAUAGCCGUAAAAGUAAUCUUAUCUUGA